UAUAUUUUAAGCGAGUGCAUUAGCUAUGUGGACUGGAGACUAUACAUUCCAUGACUUACUAACAUUUCAAUUUAUUUAGAUUGUCACAUGGAGAAACAAUUAUUUGUUUUUUGAACUAUGGAGAGAAGUUUGGUUGCGGGCAGUUGACCUCCAUUUUUAAUUUGUUGAUUGAAAUAUUAUGUAUUUAAUGUUUCUAUAGCCCUGAACAUGCUAUGUAUGCUUUGGGGUUUGAUGAAUGAUAAUCAGCAAUUUUUUGUGACGUAGAUGACUGGUAAUCGCCACGCCAUGUGUGGAUCGCCCAUGAUUGUAAAUACAAUACAAUACAAUACAAUUCAGUGUUUGGUUUUUCCCAUGCACUUCGGCCCAAUCUUACCAAAUGCCGCGCAUUCACAGCAUUUGGUAACAUUCAGAACUAUUCCACAUUCACUUAUUCAUUCAUUCAGGCAAUAUUCACAAUCAUUCACACUAUCAAAACUAUUGGACAAGAUUAGCUGGAUGUACACAAAAAGGAUAUCUUUGAUAUCAGUGCUGAGCUGAGUGCCGUAAACUUUGGCUAGUGCUGCCAAAUCCUAUUUACGGCACUGGUAAGAUUGGGCCCUUGAGCGUGUAGUGUGCAAUAGUACCACCAGCAUUUUUCAGCUAAUUCCUAUAAUUCCACAGCAGACAGCAAUAAAUAGCAGUCAAUAAUUUUUGAUACCUAAUAGAAAAGGUGUCUGCACAGAAGAAUACCCGUUCUACUUUGCAUGCAGGCAAACAAGCUCAUGGGAAUUUAAUUUCCAUUGGCAUUGGGUCUGGGUGACAUUCCUUGCUUUUAGUUGGUGGUUGGCCUUUAGCCUUACUAAAAAACAUACAUCCAGGAAUGAUAGCAGAUAGGUAGCCUGCAGCUCAAUGGGUUCAAAUUAAAUGUAAUUGAAAUUGGAAAUAACAUUGAAAUGCUAGAAAUGUUUUAUGGCAUCAUUGACUCAUGACAUGAAGACUUUGACCUGUAGUCUGCAUUGCUUUUGUCUAUUUUGUUUUUGGUUAUUGAAGGAUGAUGCAUUUACCAGUGAAACUGAAGCUGGGGUCCCAAUGAUUUUAGACAGAUGAAUUGGGUCCAAUGCUAAGCUAUUGUUCCUUGUCCUUAAUCUAACAAUGAUGAUAAGUGGUACAGUUAAUGCCAUUUAAUUCAUUGGGGGGAUGUCACUGACCUACUAACAUAAUCUGGCCUAGCCCAGCCGGCCCAGCCUAAGCCAACCCAACUUAACCUUACCCCUAGGCCCUAACCCAUCCUUACCUAAUUUCACAUAGCCUUACCUAACUUGAACACCUAUCCAACACCUAACACCUAACUGGUUGGGUGUUAACACUCUGUCCAGUCUGGCAGAGGGCUAGGUAAGAUUAUGUUUGGUCAGGGCAGUUUGCCCCUCAGUGGAUCAAUAGCUACAAAAGCUGCUGCACUAAAAAGUAACAUGUUAUUUUCAGAUUCAGGCAACUCACCUGUUCAACUAACCUGUCGGGGUUCCCUACCUGAUGGGCACAGCCAUAUGGAAUAGUCCAGGAAGGAAGGAGGGAGGGAACCUGCAAACAGAUACAUGGAAAGGGUCAAAAUUCUCCCUAAAAAUGCUGUAGAUCUCAGCUUCAGUAAUGCUGAUUCAACUGCAAUGGCUUGAUUAGAGCUAAUUUAACAAUUCUUACAGCAGAAUUCAACAUGGAAUUUGAAUGUUUGAUAUGCAGCACUACCUGUAAGCUCCGCAAAGGUAAAACAGUGCCAAAUGAGCUGCAAAAAUGGCAGGAAGAAUGUCCCAAAAGGAUGGACUCAGAUGGACUCACAUGGAUCUUUGAUCUCGACAUCAAAUGUCUGGACCGGGAGCGGUGCGUCUGCCGCACCUGCUGCGACCUGCUCAGCGACCUGGAGGGCUACGAGGCGCUGGCGCGCGGGGUGCGGGCCGAGCUGCUGCAGCGCCACCAGGCCGGCCGGGCGCACCAGCCGCUACCAGCCGACGACGAUGAGCCGAUGGAGGAGGAGGUGGAGCCUCCCGCCCCGGAGCCGCGCCGCAGCGGCCGGAGGAGCGGCGUCCACCCCACGCCCUCCGACCCGGCGCCGGAGUCGGCCCGGCCCUCCUCAUGCCACAGUGACGUCGUUCCGCUCGGAGACACACCAGUAAAGACCGAGGAGCCGGACGCUGCGGCUGACGUGACCCCGACCCCCGUCAGGACGGCCAGGAGAGGUCGGCCGCGGGGCAGAGGUAGAGGCAGAGGCAGAGGUAGAGGUAGAGGCAGAGGCGGAGGCGGAGGGCGUGGCAGAGGGAGGUUGGUGGGACUGCUGGGAGUAGUGGGAGUACCGGCGGUACCACCGGCGCCGGCGCCGGCCAGGGGGAGGGGAGUCAGAGGCAGGAGGGCAGCAGCGGCGGCGGCGGCCGCCGCGGCCGCGGCCGAGGCUGUGGGGCCGAGGGGCAGGAGAGCGGCGGCGGCGGCGGCGGCGCAGCGGCUCAGCGCCGAGUCUCAGAGCGGCAGCGAGAGUGACGCCGAGUCGGCGGCGAGCGGCGGCCUCUCGGCGCCGGAGAUGGACGCCAGUGACAGUGACGACGUGGUCUCGGUGCGGGGCGCGGCCGUGAAGCCGGCAGAGCACGUGGAGGUGGUGCUGGACACCUCUGUGGACGGGGACGGCGCGGCCGGGGCUGACGGCGCGGCGGAGGACAGCGGCGCAGCGGCGGACGGCGUCCCCUCCCCCGCCGCCGUCGAUAUGGAUGACGGCGGAGCCACCUCCGAUGACGGCGGAGCCACCUCCGAUGACGGUGGCAGGUCCGAUGACGACCGGGACUUUGACUACGACCCGAGUCCCGCCAAGCGGCUGCAGGCGGAGCGCGCGGUGCGAGCGGCGCGGGCGGCGCGCAGGACGGCCGCCCCGGCCCCGGCGCCGGACUCCAGUAAAAGGAAGUACCGGCGGCACGGCAUCUUCUGCGCUCACUGCGGCCUGGACUUUCAGACGCGCACGGCGCUCAACAAGCACGAGCGCCGCCUGCACCGCGACGUGGCCGCCGUGAACGGGUGCGCCAUCUGUCCGAAAAAGUUCAAAAGCCGCAGCUCGCUCGUCUCCCACCAGCGGAUAGUGCACGGCGAGGGCCAGAAGUGCGACCACUGCGACGUCGUGUUCCGCGGCUUCAUCGAAUAUUACCGUCAUCUGUCGAGCGUCCACGAUAUUAAGACAUUUGUGUGCGACCUCUGCGGCGCUGGGUUCGCCAAGCGCGUGCUGCUCAACAAACACCAGAAAAAGGAGGCCAGGGAAAUCAAACUUCAGCAGCGGCUGGAGCGGCUGCGCAGGCUCAAGUGCUCGGUGUGCGACUACCGGCCGCUGAUGACACAGGCGCACCGCGCCAAGACCGUCUACACGAUGAUCCGCGACCACGAGUACCGGGCGCACGGCCUGCACGCCACCGUGGGGCCGGACCCGGUUGCGGCUGCCAUCAGUGACAGCGGCGUGGCCGCCGAGCCGCCGGCAGCGGCCGCCGGCCAGUCGGCGCCGGCCGCCGUCGAGGACUUCAUCACAGUGACGGCCAGCGGCGAGGUGACGACGCCGGCCGUGCCCGAGCAGCGCUUCCCCUGCAAACAGUGUGGCAAGGUGUUCGGCUGCCGGUUCGCCCUGAAGAAACACCAAUACGUUCACAAGGAGAAGGUGGUGCCCACCGAGCCGCCGACUAUGGUGGUGUGUGAGCUCUGCGGCAAGGAGGUCAGCAGCAACUACCUCAAGAUGCACCAGGAGGUUGUGCACAAGGUCGGGGACAAGCCGCGCUAUACGUGCAAGUACUGCGGGAAGCAGUACCACAAGACGGAGAAGGACCACUACAUCUCCCACGUGCAGCAGAAGCACCUGCUGCACGAGUUCCCCUGCACGGAGCCGGGCUGCGGCCGCACGUUCAGGCACGAGCGUGGUCUGCGCCGGCACGUGCACGCCAUCCACGAGCUGGCGUACGUGUGCGGCACAUGCCCGGAGCGGUUCGGCUCGCUGUGGAAGCGGGACAAGCACCGCGCAGAGGAGCAUGGACAGUACGACUUUAUCUGCAGCGAGUGCGGGCUCAAAUUCUUCCGGCGUGCCGAGCUGGAGAUCCACGAGCGGCGCGUGCACACGCUGCUGCUCAAGUACAAGUGUUCCGUGUGCAGCAUCCGCAGCGAGGAGCGGCGCAAGCUGCUCAACCACGAGCACACGCAGCACGGCUUGCACGCAGCGCCGCUGCCCGAGAACAACCCGGAGGGGCUGCCGGCCUACCCGUGCCCGGACGUCAACUGCUUGCUGGUGUUCGGCUGCGGCCUAGCCGUUAAACAGCACGCCGGCGAGGUGCACCAGAUAAGGCUGGACAUUUAUGGCAAGCCCAAGGUGCCCCUAAGAAAGCGAGUCGUCGCCAACAAGGCGCCGCCGCAGCCGGUGGACGUGUCGCUGGUGGCGCCGGGGCGGCAGCGGCCGGCCGGCCCUGCCGUCCCCGUCCCCUCUCAGUCUCUGCAGCCGGCCGGCCCGGCUGCUCCCGGCCCGGCCGCCCCGGGCACCUCUCUCCUGCGAGCUGUCCCCGCGGCCCACGGCGCCUCUCUGCAGCCGGCUGUCCCUGCCGGUCCCGGCCCCUCCGUCCCUGCGGCCCCGGGCACCUCUCUCCUGCGAGCUGUCCCCGCGGCCCACGGCGCCUCUCUGCAGCCGGCCGGUCCCGCGGCCCCGGGCCCCUCCGUCCCCGCGGCCCACGGCGCCUCUCUGCAGCCGGCCGGUCCCGCGGCCCACGGCCCCUCGCUGCAGCCGCCGGCUGCCCACUCGGACGUCUUUACCCACCUGCUGCACCGCGCGAUGAGCGCCGAGGCCGGCGGCGGCCAGCAGCAGCAGUACGGCGCGGGGCCGGGCGCCGUGAAUCCGUUCCUGCAGCGGCCGCCCGCCGCCGAGAUGGGGCUGCCGCUGCUGCAGAGACCGGCGGGUCACGGCGUGUUCGGCUCCAUGCUGCAGUGAGCGGCGGCGGCCCAGUGAGCUGCUGGGGGCCGUCUGGGGACCGGGCGUCGGCCAGUGGAGGGCGGGGUGUGGGGGUGGUAGCGGCCUGACGCCCUGUGGUGUAACGAGAUCGGCCAGAGAGGGAUAUAACCGGAGCGGCUGAUGACGCCGUCUGGUGGUCUCAGGUGAUGGGAGUCCCUCGUGUCCUCCACAGUGAGAAGUUCAGUAUUAUUUCCGGUUACAGUUACGUUAAAGGUGCGUUAUGUGAAGCGAUAUCCGUAGAGCGCCUAGAAAUCUGUAUAUAGGUGAAAAAGUCAUCCUUCCACACAUUUAUGUGAGAGGGUUGUUUCGAAUGCUGUUCAAAAGUGUAAUGAACGAUAGAACAAUUGAUUGCCCCUUCAAGGUUGAUGAUUCUCGCUCACUUUAGUUGCUCAUAUGAUGCGUACGUUUACUUUCACCAAUAUCUGUUUACUUUCGCUUUUCUCAGUAGUCAUUUUCAGUUUGUUUCCGCAAUGUACCUUUGGUGCUGUUUCAUUCAGGUCACUGAAACGUUUCCAAUAUGUGUGAAUAUUCGAACUGACCAUGGAGUACUGAGUGUCCCCCUCCCAGGACUCCGUGGUGUGCGAGCUGCCACGCUGUCGUGCGUUGACGAAACUCUGCGCCUGUGACACUCGUUUCUCUGUGUCUCUGUGAGAGCAGUGUGCAGCUACCUGGGCGUCUGUGGGCGGCACGAGAUUAGUUGAUAUUACCGCCAGCGCCGGUAGAACGUUCUCGGAAUGGUCAGUGCCCCCUCACCGGGUACCGCCACGUGUGGAGAAGUUCAGCUGGGUUCGUCCAGGUGCACUCAGCGCCGAAUAGUGUGUCGUGGGAACCGUCAACUGCCAGCUGUGUUGGACACAGACCAUUCGUAAUGUGAUGGGACGUGGGUUUCUCCCGGAGUUAAACCACGCCGGGCUGUAGGUAAUGUGUCUUCUUUUCGCUGUUUUGUUUUCUGUGCUGCCAUGAGCCUCCUUUUUGCGCAUUAUUUUCAUGUCAUAUCGACACAAGAGAAUUAGGCUCGUUGGUUUUGCCUGAAGUAAUCACUUGUUUGUAUUCGCCUGUCAUCUGUUCGCUUCCUCUGUUCUAAUCAUGUGUUGCAAUUGCCUUUUGGGUCGCAUGAAAUAUAACAUCGAUCCACAG